AUGGCAACAGGAUUGCGGUUGGAAAAAAUAAAAGAAAAGUGGAAUGAGUUUGAUAACAUACAAAAUAAUAUUGAAGCGCUUGACCCGAGUGAAGAGAAUUUAGAGUAUCGUGACAUAUUUGUUGAUACUUAUUUUGAAAUUGUGGCAAAAGCAGAUCUACUUAAAAAAGUUGAAAUUCCCAUUAAUGUUGGUUCAAAUAAUCACGGCAGGAAUUCUCUCAAUAGCCAAAUAAAUAAUUAUAAUUAUAUGAAGGUAAAACCUCCCGAAAUACCGACAUUUGGAGGAAAGUUUGGAGAAUGGUGUUCAUUCAAAGAUCAUUUUAAUUCACUUAUUAACUCAGAUAGCGAUAUGCCAAAAGUACACAAAUUUUAUCACCUAAGAAGUGCAUUAACUGGUGAAGCGAGUUUAUUGAUACAAAACUUAAAAACUACAGAGGCAAAUUACGACGUUGUAUGGUCAAUUAUAAACAACCGAUAUGAAAACAAACGCAUUCUAAUUCAAGCGCACACAAAAGAAAUUUAUGAUUUAGAGCCAGUUUACGGGAAAUCGGAUAGCCGCGGCUGUUAA